UCGGUGUCAACGUUAGGAGGCGGCAUUCGAAGAUCUCAUCUCAGGUGUUUAGUGUUUUUCAACAUGUUAUCUCUUCAUCAGAAAACCAAAACCGGAUUAGUAAUAUUGGUCCUAUUAGCGGCACUCAAUUUAGUUCAUGGCCAACAGCAGGUGGAAGUGCUGGAUCGGGAUCAGAACAUCAAUCCGGAUGGCAGCUACGCAUACCGUUACAGACUUUCGGAUGGCACCGAAGCUCAGGAGCAGGGACAGGGUGGCGUAGUAGCUACUGGAGGAUAUCGAUACUACUCACCGGAAGGGGAACUAAUUGAAGUGAGCUACACGGCCGAUGAAAAUGGAUUUCAACCCCAGGGAGAUCACAUUCCACAACCUCCCCCGAUUCCGGAUGCCAUUAUUCGAGCGCUGGAGUAUAUCAGAACCCACGCGAGACCAACGUGAUAGAGUGUGCGAAAAUAUUUGGCGAAUCAUUAAUUGCCUACAGAGAUUAUCCGACUGUGUU